AUGGCUUAUAUUGCUGCAUUGCCGCCGCAAGUCAUUCGCCAAUUGCGAGCAUCAGUAAACAUUACGAAUGUACAGCAAUGUGUGGAGGAGCUUGUAACAAAUGCCUUGGACGCCGACGCUUCCCAAAUCGACGUUGCAUUUGAUGCGGAGAAAUUCACAGUUCGAGUGGAUGACGAUGGAACUGGUAUUGAAGCAAGCGAGCUGACGCAGCUGGCUAAACGACACGCUUAUCUUGAAAGCUUAUCUGCCUUUUCAUCUGCAGCAACGUCAAAGUGUAAAACGCUGGACGAUCUUGGCCAUGUUCGUACGUUUGGUUAUCGAGGACAAGCCUUGGCUAGUCUGGCAGACAUCGCAAUAGUCCAAAUUAUUUCAAGGCACCGCCGGUGUGACGAAGCCCAAAUGGGGAUAUGGAAGGAUGGAAGAUUGGUUGAAACAUCGCCCACCCAGCCACGGCAACCGGGCACGACGGUGGUUGUGCGAGAUUUGUUCUACAAGUUUCCUGUUCGACGACGAUUCCUCAGCUCGGGCGACCGCACCAGCGAAUCCAUCAAACGAUGGAUCCUCACUAUGGCAUUGGCCUUUCCCCAUGUUGGGUUUACCUUGCGGGAGCGUGACACAAAGCUACUGGCCACGAAAAAGCACUCUUCGGACUUGAAUGUCUUGCAUCGUCUCUAUGGCCAUGAGUUUGCGCAGAAUAUGAGAUCGUUUGAGUACAAUGACGACACCGACAUCAAGCUGCAAGGCCUUUUCGGGAUCGCUCCUUGUCCGAGCAAGAACCAACAAUUUAUCUAUAUCAAUCAACAUCCCAUCGACCUCGGCCAUGACUUGUAUCGCACGACGGAGCAAUCCAAAAAGGGAAAAGGCGUAGUCGAAAAGCAUCCUGCCUUUGUCAUACAUGUUGAAGAUCCAAACAUCAGCUCGCAUGAUAUCUCACUCUAUCUUCUUGAUGAACACAAGAUUCAUCCCAGAUUACACGGUCUCGUGCGUCAGCUUGCUGCCAACUUUCUACGUGCACAUAAUUUCAUAACGAGUGCAGCUUACAAGCAACUUGUUCAUAUCAACGAAGUUGAUGACUCCACAUCAAGGAAAAGUCGGAAAACAUCUUCAUCCCAUGUAGUGGCAUCGAGUUCUUGGCUGUACAACAACGAAGUGCGUCGAUCGAGGUUGCGUAAGACACAUCCAUCUAUGGGCUUAUCUCCUAGUAACACAGCAAGAACGAUAACAUCAACGACGCCGUCGUCAUUGGAAACAACAACAGCAGCAGCGCAGCACGAGGGACCAGCUAUCAGACUCAACAAGGAACAAUUGAAAGGCGCCAAGGUGCUUGGUCAGGUCGACAACAAAUUUAUUCUAAUCAAACUAAAUGCUGGCCAAUUAUUGCUUGUGGACCAACAUGCUGCCGAUGAGCGCGUUCAACUAGAGCGUAUGUUGUGGUCGCUCAAGGAUACAGCAGAAGCAACACAGCUUGACCCAUCGAUAGCGAUUGAUUUGUCAUCCACAGAAUGUGCAUUGGCGCAAAAAUAUGCCACUCAAUUAGGUCGCUGGGGAUUUCGUCUGUCAACGUCUUCGUCGGCAACAGCUUUAACUGCGGUCCCGGCUCCAUCCGAAGAAGAAGGAGAUGCAGAGACGACCAAAAUUUUGCGCUACUCCAAACACUUUUCCACUCGCGCCGCAUCACCGCACUUUGAAAAGAAAAAGAAGGGCCAGGUUCUCGUCACACGUUUACCGCGCCUCAUUGCAGACCGAUGUAUGGUGAACCGGGACAUGCUUCGUGACCUUAUUCGUGAACAUCUACACUCGCUGGACCGUGUAAAACAGUUUCAGGAGGCUGAUAAUGAUAAUGACCAAGAAGUCAAAUCUUUUACAUACCUACACGGUUGUCCUCGUGGCAUGAUGCGUAUCCUACGGUCAAAAGCAUGUCGUGGUGCAAUCAUGUUUAAUGAUAGUCUAACUUUAGAGCAAUGUCGCUGGCUUAUUCAAGCUUUAUCCAGUUGUCGAUUUCCUUUUCAGUGCGUCCAUGGAAGACCAUCCAUGAUUCCUUUGGUUACAAUUGACGGCAACAGACCAAGGCGACACCGGAUCAAUUGGGAUCGGUUUUAUACAUAG